CCGGGCAUCGGAAGCUGCUAGAAGCCGGUCGAGGAGUCAGCUCCGCACCGGGGUGACCUGCGGGCGUCCUCGCCGAGCUCCGGGAGACACCGGCGGUAUAGCCUGGGACUCUAGACUAGGGAGUGCCCAGCCAGCAGGAUCCGGAGUCACUGAGUAGACAAGCUUCAAGACAUCCCUGUGAGGAAUUAGCUUGCAUUGAAGUUCAUUGAGGAAUUAUUUUCUAUAGAAGUCUUGUGAGACCACUGCACAAAUAGAGUGAUGAUUAUACAAAGAGUGGUAUUGAAUUCCCGGCCUGGGAAAAAUGGUAAUCCAGUGGCAGAGAAUUUCAGGAUGGAAGAAGUCAGUUUGCCAGAUAAUAUCAAUGAAGGACAAGUUCGAGUCAGAACUCUCUAUCUCUCUGUGGAUCCCUACAUGCGCUGUAAGAUGAAUGAAGACACCGGAACUGAUUACCUAGCACCCUGGCAGCUGUCUCAGGUGGCUGAUGGUGGAGGUAUUGGAAUUAUAGAAGAGAGCAAGCACACACAUUUGGCUAAAGGCGAUUUUGUGACUUCUUUUUAUUGGCCCUGGCAAACUAAAGCAAUUCUAGAUGGGAAUGGCCUUGAAAAGGUAGACCCACAACUUGUGGAUGGACAUCUUUCAUAUUUUCUUGGAGCUAUAGGUAUGCCUGGUUUGACUUCCUUGAUUGGGGUCCAGGAAAAAGGUCACAUAUCUGCAGGGUCGAAUCAGACAAUGGUUGUCAGUGGAGCAGCAGGUGCCUGCGGAUCUUUGGCUGGCCAGAUUGGCCGCCUGCUUGGCUGUUCCAGAGUGGUGGGAAUUUGUGGAACAUAUGAGAAAUGCCUCUUUUUGACUUCAGAACUGGGAUUUGAUGCUGCAGUUAAUUAUAAAAAAGGAAAUGUAGCAGAACAGCUCCGAGAAUCAUGCCCAGCUGGAGUGGAUGUUUACUUUGACAAUGUUGGAGGUGACAUCAGUGAUACAGUGAUAAGUCAGAUGAAUCAGAACAGCCACAUCAUCCUAUGUGGUCAGAUUUCUCAGUACAAUAAAGAUGUGCCUUAUCCUCCCCCUCUGUCCCCUGCUGUAGAAGCAAUCCAGAAGGAGAGAAACAUCACAAGAGAGAGAUUUACCGUGUUAAAUUACAGAGAUAAAUUUCAGCCAGGACUUCUGCAGCUGAGUCAGUGGUUUAAAGAGGGCAAGCUAAAGAUCAAAGAGAGUGUAAUAAAUGGAUUGGAAAACAUGGGAGGUAAGAUGAAUAAAGAUUUAUUCUAUACAUGUGCUAAAUGCAUGUAUUGAUUUUUCUUUUAAUGCUACUUUUCAGCUGUUCUAGAGAAUGAACCUAUGGCCUGUUUCAUGUUAAAGAAACACACAUUACCACUGUGCUAAACCCUACCCACCCCCACCCUCUUCUCCUUUGUGGAGACACUGAGGAUCUCUGUUAACUGAAACUGAAAGACUGUACUUUUGUUGAUGCAGUGAUGGAGAAUUGAACCUGGAGCCUUGUGCAUGCUAGGCAUGCCCUCUAAGACUGAGCUAUAUCUUCUUUCCCUUGUUUUGUUUUUUCUCUUUUUUUGGAGGGAAGGGGGUGGAGCAGAGCUUUCCUGAGACUGGGUCU